GAUUUUUUGUUCGUUAUUUAAGGAUUGUUACACAGGUUGGCUGUUUUUGUUGGUUCUUAUUUAUAUCGUUAGAGAAAGCGGGAUGUCUGAUAGCGUCAACGAAAUCAACAAAAACAACCUCAAACACCAUUCUGAUUAUCCACCUGAAUCAGUGCUCAACGCAUUAUUUGUCAAAAGUGCUGACCUCCCUGUGUCAAAACCUGUGGAAGUUUGCGGUUAUGAUUUCAACGAGGGCCUGAAUUAUUCUAAACUUUUUUCUAGUUUUGCCACCACCGGGUUUCAGGCCACUAAUUUUGCUUUGGGUGUGAAUGAAAUAAAUAAAAUGCUAGACAAAAAAAUGGAGCCAAUCCCCAUAGAUGAGCAAUGUGAAAUUAAUUUGGAUCCCUGUGGUCGAGCGCCAACUUCAUGCACUAUAUUUCUUGGAUACACAUCGAAUAUGAUAUCCAGUGGUAUUAGGGAAACAAUUAGAUUCCUAACUCAACAUAAUUUAGUUGAUUGUAUUGUGACAACAGCGGGUGGGGUGGAAGAAGAUAUCAUAAAAUGUUUUUCUCCCACUUAUGUAGGUGACUUCCAUUUUAAAGGUUCCAUGCUCAGAGACAUGGGCAUCAACCGGAUUGGUAAUCUUUUAGCACCAAAUGACAACUACUGCAAAUUUCAAGAUUGGAUUAUGCCCAUUUUAGAUCAAAUGCUUAUUGAACAGAAGACAGAAAACUUCAAGUGGACCCCUUCUAAAAUUAUAUCGCGUCUCGGUAAGGAAAUAAACGAUAAAUCAUCUGUAUGCUACUGGUGCUAUAAGAACAAUAUUCCAGUUUACAGUCCUGCAUUGACUGAUGGCUCGCUGGGUGACAUGCUUUACAUGCAUUCCUAUCGAAACCCCGGCCUUGCAAUUGAUAUCAUAGAAGACCUCUGUAUGCUGAACACUCGUGCUGUUCGUGCUCGAUCUACCGGUGUCAUAAUUUUGGGAGGAGGUCUCAUCAAGCACCACAUCUGCAAUGCCAACAUGAUGAGAAAUGGUGCAGAUUUCUGUUUAUAUGUGAACACGGCCCAGGAGUUUGAUGGAUCAGAUGCUGGAGCAUCGCCUGAUGAAGCCAUCUCUUGGGGGAAAAUUAAAAAAAUUGCCCAACCUGUCAAAAUACACGCAGAAGCAAGCCUCGUAUUUCCGUUAUUGGUGGCUGAAACAUUUGCUAAGAGAAUUGAUAAGAUGAGAUCCACUGAAGUUUAAUUUAUCUUUACCAACUCAUAAUUUUUUGUAAUAAUAUUUUUUUUUUCAAUAAUUCUCGUUUUAUCAAAAAUAAUUUCUCUACCGUG